GUUGCCGAAAAUUAAAUUGCGCAUGCGCGGAAGGCGUGGUCCAGUCGAAGAGCGAGACACUAUAGCUAGUGCGCGCCAUGGAUCACUUGGACCCAAGAGGACAAGAGUUGUUCGCUCAUUAUCGGGCCAUCUCUGCCAAGUUAAGAAAGCGCUUCAUGAAAAAGCCAAAUGUCAAGGAAGCGAGUGAAGAUUAUGGUAAACUUGCUAAUAGACUCAAGAAUGAGGACAACCCCCACUAUUCUUCCAUGUGCUUCCAGGCCAUGGCCAAGUGUGACCGUCUGAUGGGAGACUCAUCAGGAGAAGCUGAAGCAUGGGCCAAUGCUGGUCGUCAGUUUUUCACGGCAGAAGAGCUGCUGUUCAGUGCACAGCAUGCUUCGUACAGGGAGAGUCUUGAUGCUGGAGUCCACUGCUUUAUCAUGGCCAUUGACGCUCAUGAGAGAAAGGGAGAUGGUGUAAUGGCAGCCAUGUUCUGUCUGGAAUUAGCUGGAAAACUAGUGCAUUUCGAGAGGCUUCACGAAGCUUCUAGGUUUUUCCAAAGGGCAAUUGAUCUGCAAGUCAAUAAACCAGAGUGCCAACUGCGAACUCUGGAAAGACUUGCAUCGUGCAAGCUCAGACUACGAGCGUAUGAUGGUGCACUGAAUGUGUACACCAGGAUAUUCUCAGAGACAAAGGGAAAAGAAGGUCCCUACCUAGUUCUUAGGAAGAGAUGUGAAGUGUGCAUUUUGCUGCUACUUCUCAUGCUUCAGAUUCCUGAGAGACACUAUAAGACAGAGCACUCCAUGAUCAUUGAGUCUUACUCCAAAAGUAUUCUCGACAUGGAGUACAAAGAAACUGAUCACAGUCUCAAUAGAUACAUACUGCUUCAAUCACUCAUUAAUGCAUCCAGAAGAAGGGACUACAAAGAGAUAGAAGCUGUCAGGGCAAGCCUUUGGAGCCAUCUGGAUGAGGAGCAGCAGCACCUGAUGCAUCUACUGAUGGAGGUCCACUGCCCAUACAGACGCCCACUGCUGUGAUGUCACAUUGCUUGUGUAAUGUAAGCAGAAACAACCAUCAGGUGGCAUGACACCAAAACUCAUCCACUUUCCACUCAAUUUGUUUGACCCACACACAUUGUAGUAAACCGCUUGUUCAACGUUUUCCUCGCACAGUAUAAUAAUUAUUGUGUUUUUGAGUUGCCAUUUAUAAAGCUGCAUGUCAAUCAAUAAUAGUAUCGUAUUUGUAAACCCCAUGACAUUGUCCGAUGGUCCAGUUGUGUGUCUUGCUGUCUGUCCGGACCAGCUCUACACAGCUGCAGUAGGUGGCCUCCAUGGGCUCUGUGGUUCCCCCCAGCUCCAGGCCAGCCAGCACACCGUACUCAUGAGUCACUAGGAGCAGGUUGGCUGGCCAGUGGGUAUCUGCCACCCUCUUGAACUCCUUCUUAUACCUCAGGAUAGCUUCUGCUGCCUUUUCUGGGUAAGCAGGGAAGUCCCUGCUAUCCGGCUGUGUAAUUGAGAUGCUAUACGAGGCAAUGUCAUCACAUGGCACAUCUGGAAUACCAGUCAUUCCACACUGUGUGGUCAGAAUCUCACUCAGGUACUUAGAGAGAUGCAGUCCUUCAAUAUCAAGAGCUAAUGAUGACUGCAUUGCCGUCUGAAGGCAGCGAAGGAACGGCGACGAGUAGAUGAUGCGUAUAUUCUGAAAGCCGCUUGCUCGAGAGGCGACGCGCCUCUGCCUCUCCUCGUUUGGUGAUGGGCGUGUCGUACGGCCGGACCGCCGUCCUCUUCCACAGGGGGUUCCGCGAGUCUUCUCGCUCCCCGUGCCUCAUCACGAAGAUCCGCUGGAUCUCACACGAUGACCCAGCAGACCCAGAUCCAGACGCUUCUUCCAUCCACGCUCAUUACCCGCGUCACGUCGGUAUACAGCCCAGCCCACAUAAGGUCCCCCCGCUGUCGCGGUAGACGGCACUGUAUGUACUUGGAACCGUUGCUCAAAUGCUACUAGUCACUGAUGCAGCUAUGGCGGCUAUAGUCUCGCGGAGCCAGCCCUCUCCUUCUCUGGGCUGGCUAUGCGAGACUAACCAAUGGCGCGGCCGCCCGGCUGAGGCCGGCUCCCGCCCACCACGCGCG